AUUUAAUCCGUAAUAAAUUGUAACUGUUACUGCUAUUAUUAUAAAUUUACAUCAGAAUUGUUUUAUAUUGUUUGCGAACGGGUUUAAAAAACUAGUGGGUGUUCAACAGUGAAGGCGAAAUGGAAAGGAAACCAUUAAUUAAAGAAUAUUUUAAAGGUAAAAACAUAUUUAUCACGGGGGGAACUGGAUUUGUGGGAAAAGCUCUUAUAGAAAAGUUGCUUCGCUCCAUUCCAGAUAUUGGCAAUAUUUAUGUGUUAAUGAGGGAAAAAAAAGGCAAAAGUAUUCAAGAACGACUUCAAGCUAUUUUAGAGAAUCCUAUUUUUAAUGUUAUAAAAGAAACAGGUUCUGAUAAGCUAAAAAAAUUAAUUCCCAUAGCUGGCGAUACAACUCAAGUAGGAUUCGGAUUAUCCAAAUCUGAUCGAGCACUUUUAACAAACGAAAUCCACAUAUACUUUCAUGGCGCGGCCUCGGUUAGGUUCGAUGAUUUUCUAAAAGACGCGAUUUUUACAAACAUCCGAGGAGCUCGGGAAGCGGCUCUAUUAGCAUUGGAAAUGAAGCAAAUCGAAGUUUUCGUGCAUAUUUCAACAUCCUACUGCAACACUAACAAUAGAAAGGUAGUUCAUGAAAUUUUGUAUCCACCUCAAGGCGAUUGGAAGGAAGUGAUAGCGGUAGCAGAGACAAGCAAUACAGAAGUCCUAAAUAUAUUAUCACAAAAAUAUAUAGAGGGAUUUCCGAACACUUAUACCUACACCAAACAAUUGGCAGAACAUUGUGUAAAUGACUUGCUAAAAGGAAGAAUACCUACAGUGAUCUGUAGACCAUCUAUUGUGGUUAGUAGUUACUCGGAACCUUUUAUGGGAUGGGUCGAUAACUUUAAUGGACCCGUUGGUCUGUUGUUAGCAGGAGUGACAGCUAUUUUUAGAGUGUUUUAUGCUGGUUCAGAUAUAAAGACCGAGUACAUACCAGUCGAUAAUGUUGUUAAGUUAAUUAUUGCUGCCGCUUGGAAUAAAUCAAUUUCAAAAGAUGGUGACGAAGUAUCAAUUUACCAUAGUAGUAAAUAUAGCAUUGAAGACUUUACGUAUAAGAAAUAUGUGGAGUAUGGAAAGAGGAUUCGUUGGGACGAACCAUUUGAAAACAAAUUGUGGUUUCCUAACGGUGAAGUCACAGGAAAUUGGUUGUAUUUCAACUUAAUGAUCAUUAUAUUUCAUAUUAUUCCCGCUCUGGUUUUUGAUAAACUUCUUCAAAUAGCUGGUUAUGAGCCGAGAAUAGUAAAACUGCAACGGAAAAUCUACAUAGCAAACAUGGCUGUAUCUUACUUUACAACGCAUGAGUGGAGUUUCGUAGACACCAAAGCCCAAGAGCUUUUCAAACGAAUACCUGACAGGGAAACUUCUGAGUUUAAUUUUGUCAAAAUGCCAGAAGGCGAUAAGGAGCGUUAUGAGUAUUCGUUGGCGUGUUGUCGAUAUGUUCGUAUACAUUUUUUGAAAGAGAAUAAAACUAUUUCGAAGAGAUCUUUGAUCACUACUUACAUAUUUUACUUUUUACACCAAACUAUAAAAGUUUUUAUUUUUGGAUUUUUUAUGUGGAUGCUUUUAGCAAAGCUCGAUUUUGCAAAUUGUCAUUUUAUGACUUUGCGAAUACUAGAACUAUACAACUAGGCCUAGACGAUAAUAUAAGUUACAGCUUAGACUAUGGGUACAAAUUUUAUAUAUAAAUCUUAGAAUAAACAUGAUAUUAAAGUUUGUUUUUGGUA